AUGAUUUAUCCUAUUAACAACGGUUCCAUCACGAAUUUGGAUGCUUUUCUAUACUUUCUCAAGGCAAUUUACAAAUCAGUUUUGCAACAACGAAUCAAAGAGAAUCCUGAAGGGUGGGAAGCCCAAGUUUCCAACAUUCCGAUGUUUUUAAUCACACACUAUUCGUGGUCACAAAGUGAGCAGGAAAUCUUAACUCAGUUUGUAUUUGAGAGUAUGAAGUUGAAUAACUUUAUGAUAAUGCCAAAUUCAUUAGCCACAUCUUAUGCAUUUGGCUCUCUUCAAAAUUGUGUUGUGAUUGAUAUUGGUGGUGCUCAUACUGAUAUUAUUCCCAUUGUAGACUAUACACCUCUUGAGUAUUUGGCUUAUAGUGCACCUGUUGGAGGCGAUGCGAUUAAUGCCAAAUUAGCUAGCUUCUUACCUGGUUGGAGUGCUGCAAGUAUUGAAGACUUGAAGCGUUCAUCUGUGUUUGAAGUUUUGUCAAAAGAUGCGAAGGAUAAAUCAAAAUUCAAUUUUAAUGAGGAUGAGGAGGCUUCUGAAGAAGAUGAAGGUGCUUUAGAUGUUGCAGCAAUAAUUACUUCUGGUCGUGAUACCAGGGAAAUUCUCGAGGAAAGGGAAAGGAAUAAAAACAAGGAACAGGUUUCAAAUAGCCAGUUGGAAACGAACUCAUUUGUUGAUAGAGAUGGGAACGAUGUUACUGUUGGGAAGCAAAGGUUUCAAGGGUGUGAUGAUUUGAUUAAGGAAAUAUCGCGUGCUUGUGGGAUGGUACUAUCGCAGAUUGAUGAGGGUUCUAGGUGUAAAGCUGUUUGGGAAAACGUUUUGAUUUCGGGUGGAACAUCUGAAAUCGCUGGAUUCAGAGAGGCACUCUUGACGCAGCUAUGUGAAGACCAUUUGAUCUAUGAACCAGAUCAUGAAAGACAACAAAGAGAGCAAGAUUUAAUGGCUAAUAUGCCAAAACAGAGGAAAAAUAAGUUCAUUGGCGGCGCUGUUGCACAGAGUGGGUUCUUGAAUUCACUAGAAUAUGCUCAAAGUCCAAAUAUUAUAAAAGCGCCAAAAUUUCCUGAGUACUUUACGGAAUGGAAAAAACAUGGUUACGGUGAAGUUGCAUUCUUAGGCGCUCAGAUUGUCUCCAAGCAAGUUUUUGGUCAUUCGAAUGACACAUUCUAUGUAACGAGGGGCAAGUACGAUGACAAAGGUCCGUCCGUUAUAUGGGACGUUUGCUUAUAA